AUGAGUCAGGACUCGAGUGUUUCAAAUCUGUCGACGAUGAAAUGUCAAUGUGGUAUUGCAACGAGGAUUUUCACAGCUUUCACUCCAACUAAUGCUGGAAGACGCUUUUAUAAGUGUUCUAAGCCUAAUGGUUAUAAAUGUGAUUAUUGGAAAUGGGUUGAUGAUCCGCUCCAUCCUAGAGUUGCAAAUCUCAUCCACAAUUUAAAGAAGGAAAACGAUAAUCUUCAUCGUGAAAAGAAAGAUUUGGAGACGAGGAUGGCUGAUCUUGAAAAGUAUUUGGCAUCUGAAAUUGAAGAAAAAUGUGAAUGUCUAGACAAAAUUACUGUUCCCAAGAGUGAGGAGGUUGUUGUCGAUAAUGAAGAUGUUGUUGUCGAUAAGUCUAAGAAAAAAGUUUAUAAAAUGUGGAUUGUGAUAGGUAUGUUGUGGUGUUGUUUUGCAGCAUUCUGA